CAGAGUCACAAACAAUUGAAGAUUUUGGAGCAGCAUUACAUCUGAUGAGAUCGGAUUUGGAACAUUUACGUUCAGUGUUCAUGGCUGUAGAAAAUGGAGACUUAGGAAUGUUGAAAUCGUUGGGGAUUAAGGAUUCAGAAUUGGGAGACGUUAAAUUUUUCUUGGAAAAAUUAGUCAAUACUGGCUUUCUAGACUGAACCAUACUUGACCCUGCUGCUAUUCUCUUCGCCCAUCCUCAACCUCAUAUACCUUUAAGUAAAAAUUUUUACUCAUACCUUCCUUAUUAAGUCUGUCUGUCUGUCUGUCUGUUUCCUUAUUCAGCAGCAGAGUCCGUUAUGAUCCGUCCCCUAUCAUUCCUUUGAAUCUUCAACCAAAUAUCGGCGACCCCUUUGGCUGUCUCGAAGGGUAGCCGACAAUUGACGGCCAAUAUAUUACAGACUUAUGAAUACAUAUCAAAGCAUCAAAGGUCUUUGAAAACGGCACAUAUCAUGUUAGAUGUAAUAUUAUGCGAUAAGUGAAUUUGUGAUCACAUUUAAGAAACCACAGAUUGAUAUUUAUUAUUAGUGAAUUGAUACUUAAUAUAAAUGUUAUUUCAGAUCUGAACGUUUUUGAAAGGAUGUAACUCAAUUUACUAGUAUAAUUGUGACCACUUUGGAGAUAUAUACGAGGUACGACGUAACAAUUAUUGUGGCACUAAUUUAGAAUAAGAAUAGUAAUUAGUAAAGACACCGGCUGGCCGGGUUACUCGAAAUGUUUUACUGUGUAGAAGAAAAUGUGUAGUUUUGUGAAAACUUUGUUACAAUUUGGUGCAGGGUAACAAAGUGCCGACAUCUCUACGUUUUUUCAUACCAUGGAAAAGAUUUUGAGAGCAGAAGAAAUGCCAAUUGACGAACGGAUAGGUCGUUAGCGUCAGCGUUUUGAAGGGCCUAAUGCGCUUUCACUCUGACGACUUUUCAUGAACCAAAAAGCAUUAUGAAAUCUAUUAAUCAUUGUACAUAUCCCUCGGUGCCGGAUAACGCAACUCUUCAAGAUAACGACCUGACAUUUAACAUCAUGAUAAAAAGAGUGCGGAAUUCGCCACCUAUACAAAUACCAGCACAAUCACAUCCGCAACGCGAAAAAAAUUGUCUAAGUCAAUAUAAGAUAUAUAUACA